AUGAUUGACAGAUAUUGGAUGCAAGUGGAAUUAUCACAUCCACCAUCGGUAUCGACAGUUACAAAACCUGUGAACGAUGUUAUCGAUACAGGAACAACAAUCAACGAAACACCAUCAUCGUUAGAUAACAUUGUGCAACAAGAAGCUGUUGUUAUUCCAUUGAAUAAUAGACGUCGACCUGAUCGAUUUAACACAUCUGACUUUGAUGAUACCCAAAACGAGUCGAAUAUUAACCAUGAACUGUGCUAUUUGGCUGAUGGGUUAGAAAGAGAAGGAAUUAAACUUGACAAACAAAUAGAAGCUGAAGUUUUGAUUAAUCAAUUAUAUAAAUCGGUAGGAGUGCCGUCUGACGCAGUAGGCAAAGAAUGUUUACACCUUUAUUCGAUGGAAACAUUCCUCUCUUCGGAACGCAAUCGGUUUUUAUGUGAAGAAGAUCGUACAAAAAUUGAAACAUAUGGACCAUUUGUUCGUCUUUUAUGUUUUUAUUUUAAUCAACCGUCGUCAAUUGAAGUUCCUAGUAUUGAAGUUUAUUGUAGGAUGGAUUUAUCAUCGUCGAUGAUCGACGCCGGCAAAGAAGGAGCGAAACGUGAAACAUCAUUUCGAUGGGCUGGUUUUAGUUCAACAAGUUGA